CUCUUCUAACCUGGAGCUGUGUCUCACAGUCGGAGUCAGCGAGACCGCGGUUUGUCGAAAUAGUCCAGAAACUCCGACACUGGUCCGCGAGGGCCUCCUCAAAGACGUCAGGGGAAGCAGCUGCC